CGUCAUACACGUUAAAGGUUAUAUUUAUUUGGUUAAUAAAUUUAAUAUGGAAUACAAAAACUAAUGAUGUAAUAAGUAAACAAUGAAUUAUUGAAUUUUCCCAAGAUCCUCACUAUUUAUUUUAACCCUUGACUACUUAGGUUAUAGUGUUUACAAUAUUUUCAUCAUGAUAUUUGAACUUUUCACAUUGGUUAUAUUCCUGCCAAUGCUAUUGGUUGGAGUCUUUCUGUUCGGUGCAUUUGUGAUUGUACCAUGUGCAUUUAUAUUCGCCUCAUGGUACAUGAGGAUAAAGGAAAGAAAGCUUCAAAGAAGGAAACGGGAUGGACCCAAUAUAGCAUUCUUCCAUCCCUAUUGUAACGGCGGAGGUGGUGGUGAGAGGGUGCUCUGGGUUGCCAUUAGGGCAAUUUUAUCUAGGUAUCCAGACUCCCACAUACACAUUUACACAGUGGAAACUGCGGAAGCUACAGCCAUAAUCAACAAGGCACAAAACCAGUUCAAUGUUAAAGUGGAACCGGAGAGACUAAACUUCAUCAGACUGAGCAUGGGAAAGGCAAUAGAGCCAGAGAGAUAUCCAUACUUUACGUUAUUGCUGCAGAGUCUCGGCACUAUGGUACUUGGGAUGGAAGCAUUUAUGAAAUUAAAUCCAGAUAUUUACAUUGACACAAUGGGCUGUGCGUUCACCUACCCGAUAUUCCGCUACCUGGCCCAAUGCCCCGUGGGUUGCUACACCCACUACCCCAUCAUCACGUCGACAAUGAUGAGACGCGUCAAGCACCGUCUCACGAGCUACAACAACAGCAGCGUCAUCGCUCGCAAUCCUCUCCUGACUUGGUGCAAGUUGUUCUAUUACAAACUGUUUGGUUGGCUGUACGGUGUGAUGGGUCGCUGCGCAGACAUAGUGAUGGUCAACGGCACGUGGACGGAAGAUCACAUCAAUGAACUUUGGAAUAUACCUCUCAACACCCACCGGGUGUACCCGCCGUGUGAGGUCACCGAACUGAAGAAAUUGCGAUCUUUGGUAAAGGACUCGGACCCCAUACGAAUCAUAUCGGUGGCGCAGUUCCGACCGGAGAAGGAUCACCCGCUGAUGCUGCAGGCGAUGUACGAACUGAGAAACUUGCUCAUUAAGAACGAGAUACUGUGGAACAAGGUGAAGCUGGUGCUGGUGGGCUCGUGCCGCCACCCCGCGGACGAGGAGCGCGUGCGGCACCUGCGCGACCUGGCCAAGCACCUCGCGCUGGACGACAGCGUGGCCUUCCUCGUCAACGCGCCCUACGCGCAGCUGCUGCAGCUCUACCAGACCAGCCAGCUGGCGCUGCACGCCAUGUGGAACGAGCACUUCGGCAUCGGCGUGGUGGAAUGCAUGGCGGCCGGCCUGAUCACCAUCGCUCACCGGUCCGGCGGGCCGCUGGCCGACAUCAUUGAGACCUCGGAGGGUUCCAGAACCGGUUUCCUGGCGUCCGAGCCGGAUGAGUACGCUCGCGCGAUCUUGGAAGUUAUCGCAAUGCCCACGGACGAAAAGAAAAAGAUCAUAGAAGCGGCGAGAGCUUCCGUGGAUCGUUUUUCUGAGAAAGAGUUUGAAAAAGCAUUCCUAAGAGCAACGGAGCCUUUAGUAAGAUUAGACUAAACAUAGACAACAAUAGCAUUGAUUACACUUUCCAUUAGUUUUAAGCUUAAGUAUGUAACAAAAUAAAUUUUACCAAAGUUU